ACCUACACACGUUUACAGCAUGGUCAACAUGAUAGCUCUGGUGUUUCUGCUCAUUGCCAUUGUAGGCUUGGUCUACCCGUUUGGACCCAAGGUGGGGCCUUAUGAUAUUGAGAUAGAAAAACUGGAGAACUGCAAAGACCAAGGGGAAGCUAAAAUUAUUAUGGGAAGCAAGAUCACCAAGGCGGGCAGAGGGAAGUACCUUUACAAGGAGAACUUCACGUUUUUGGUGCCGAUGGACGAGCAUUUCAAGGAAUAUAUCGAAGUCCAAAAAUGGGGAAAUGGAGGAUGGAGACCAAAAUACAUGGAGACGACACUAAAAGACUGCAAUGAUAUCAUGAAAGUGGUCGGUGACUUUUACAAAAGCUUGAUGAAGUCUGCAGGAUUGAAUCUAGAGAAGUGUCCCGUGCCAGCGGGAAGUUACAAAGCUAACGGCUGGCUUGUCGAGCUCAACCUAGAGAAGACCGUCCCAGUCAUGGAGUACGGCAAGUAUCGUGCCUUUCUCAAUCUUCUCUACAAGGAAAAGCUGGUCGGAUGUAUGAUGAUAUACGCCGAAAUAAAACCAAAGGCUAUAGGCUGAGUUCUACUGGUUAUUGUAACCAAAACUUUAAAUACACAUUUUAAUCUUU